GUUUGAGCUGCUGACUAUGGCUCAUCGGUUUUCAAAAGCAGAACUAGAUGAGCAGUUUGAACAGUUUCUGAAGGAGUCUCUUUCAGAUGAUUCAUUUGAAAAUUCAAAGAAAAAAUCCACCAUUCUUGAGACACUGGGACAGCCCAGGAGAAAGGAAUUGAAGAAGAAAGAUCCUGUGCCAUGGUGGAUAUCCGAGGAUGAUUCUGAUGAUGGCGGAAUGCUAGGGACAAAUGGAAGCUUUCUCAAGUCACAAAAGGAUUCCCAUCCUAUUAUGGAGGUGGAUGAGGAAGCUCACACAGGAAAAAUGCACCUCCAAAAAAGUGAUGGCGUUUCUAUAUCCUUAAGUAGAGACAGCCUGGAACCUGAUGAUUCAGUUGUGGCUUCUGGACCCAAUCAAAGUAUUUUGGGAGCUGGAUUGGAUACUUUGGAAGAACAAGAAGAAAGAGAGAGAUUCUUUGCUAAACUUGAAAAAGGAGCUUCAUAUACCAUUGAUUAUUCAAGAUUAAACAAAGAGCUGGACUCAAAUGAUUCUAUAUUACUAGCAGCAUUUGCCUGCAAUGAACAAAAUGUAGAACAAGUGGAAGAUGAAUCUAAACAUGAAGAGAAAUGUGGCAAUUAUAGUGAAGAUUUUGAAGAUGAGACUGAAUCUAAUUAUCCUUCUAAAAAUGAAGAUAACCAAGUUGAGCAAACUGUCAGAUCAGAUGCUGAUUUAAGUAUUCAAGGACAGGAUGAAAAGACUGGCAUGCUGGCUAAAGUUGUGUUGCUUGAUUCACAAGACUCCACCAUGGAAACCCAAAAGGUCAUUGAACAGCAAGAUGCAGCAGUGACUGAACAUCAGACACCUGAAGUCACUAAGGAUGAAAUAAAUGGAACUGCAGGUAUUUCCUAUGGACAAACUAACAGUGAUAUUGAAGCAUUGCAGCAGGCCUAUUGUCAUAUUGAUCAGUCUCUAGGAGACACAGAUGAGCAAAGAAUUAAUCUUAGUGCGAUGGAAAAUGCAGAAUGCCCAGUACAAGAUGCUUCACAAAACAACGAAGACUGUGCAAAAAACAUCUCAACUACUGAAUCAGAUUUGCUCACUGUAGAGGAAUUGAUGAAACCCAUUAGAGCAGAUUCAUCUCAUGUGAGAGGCUUUGACCUGGAGCCUGUAAGUCCAGUAAAGCUAACAGACAGCAGAGCAGCUGAAUUUGACAGCCAUUUGCCAUUUAAAGAACUCAAAAAUGAUGCAGUUCUGGAGAAGCAAAGUUUAGAUUUUUUGUUUGAAAAACAUAGUAAAGAAGAAGAGAGUGUUUUUCUCCAGGCAACUGCAAAUGAAGGUAAUCAUCAAAAAGGGACUGAUAAAGAAGACCAGAUUGAUAAAGAGCAGCUUGACUUUUUGAGACAAAAAAUACUACAAGAUUCUGCAUUGUUGCAUCAGGACAGCAAAAUUAAUAAGGCAUGUCAGUCCAGCUCCUGGAGGAACAAGGGAUUGGAUUCAGUGAUUAAUAAGCAAAUAAUGCACAAGAGCACUAGAAGUACAGCUCCUUUACAUAAGAAGAAAUCUCCCAUUGGACCUCAUAUAUUGGUUAGGAGUUCUGGGUAUGGUAAACCCACUUCACCCUUAAAACAACUUUCCACAACUAGUGAAAAGAGAGCAUCAAAAGAAGCUCUCAAAAAGCCAAGUUUGAAAGCCAAAUCACCUCCAGAUAAAGCAAGGCAAAAAGAAACAUUAUUUACUACUAGGAUAAUAAGAUCUGCAAUAAAUGAAUCAGCUUCUAAAAAGAUCAACAAUAUGGUUACGUCCAGCCAGUCAGUUGUUAAUGCCCUUGGACAGCAGAUUAAGGAAAUGGAUUCUUGUGUGCAGUCUCAAAAUGAUUCCUCACUUUUCCCUGUCAAAAGUUGUGAGAGAGAGCUUAAUUUGCUAAAAAGAGUCAAGGAAGCAGAGGAAAAGUUGAAAGCAGCACAUGAUUUAAUUCAGCAGCUAAAAGAUUCAUUUUCACAGAAAGAGAAGGAAAUGGAGAAUAAGAUGGUAGAAAUGAAAAUGCAACAUGACAAAGAGCUUUUUCGGCUGAGUCAAGAAAACUAUGUGCUUCAGACCAAGGUAAAUAGUAUGGAAGAGCUGAGCAAAGAAAAGAAAUGGCUUCACCUUGGGGCAACAGAGACGGUCACUGAAGAAAAGUUAAAGCAAAUCCAAAAGGAAAUUCAAGAUCAAGAGAACCUUCUUCACGGUUAUCAGCAGGAAAAUGAAAGGUUAUACAAGCAAAUGAAAGAACUCCAGAUACAAAACAAGAAAAACGAGGAAAGGAUGUUUAAGGAAAAUCAACAUUUAACAUCUGAGUUAGCGUCCUUAAGAGAACAGAUGGAUAAAAAUAACUUCCUGUCACGAUUAGAGCAGGAUUCUAAGCCAUCAAGAAACCAGAGUUUCACAGAACUGAUUUCAGAACUUCGAGUAGCACAGAAGGAAGAAGCCAAAUUGCUGGAAGAGAUGAAACGGCUUAAGCAAGACAAACAAGCUCUUGAAGUAGAUUUGGGACAAAUGAGGAGAGAGAGAGAUUUGGCAAGAGCCCAAAUUGUUUCUACUUCAGGUGAAAAAUCUUAUGAGAUAAAGAUUAUAGAAGAAUCAUACAAACAGGAAAUCAGUCUUUUGAAAAAGAGACUGCAGUGGUAUGCAGAAAAUCAGGAGCUUUUGGAUAGAGAUGCAAUUCGUCUUAAAGAUGCAAAAGAAGAAAUUGAGAAAUUGAAACUACAGGUUGAUAAUCUCAGAACUGAAGCUGGGAAUCGGUCUGUGCAACAGAAGAAACGUUUAAAGGACAGAGCGGCAGAUGCAAAAAAAAUUCAAGAUCUUGAGCGACAAAUUAAAGAAAUGGAAACAAUUCUAAAAAGAAGGCAUCCAAAUUCUUUGCCUGCUUUGAUAUAUGCUGCUGCUGCAGCAUCUGAGGGAGGUGGUGACAUUUCAGCUAAAUCCAAUACAAUUGAUUUCCUGGAAAGAAGAAUAAAAAAGUUAGAAACAGAACUUGAGGGUAAAGAUGAGGAAGCUAAAAAAAGUCUACGUGCUAUGGAACAACAGUUUCAAAAAAUAAAGCUUCAGUAUGAGCAAAGACUUGUAGAGCUUGAAGAACUCCUUGCCUAUAAAUUGAUGAAUGAACCACAAAAACUGCAUGACAGCAAAGCCAGCUUUACAGCAAUUGAGCAAGAACUUCGUAGUCUAAAGGUGAACCAUCAGAUCACAGUAAAAAAUCUUCAAACAGAAAUUGAAAAUCUUAAAAAUCAAAACUCCCAGUUAGAACUCAAAAAAUGUGAAAGAGAUGAUGAAGACUUACAAACAAUAGAAUACCAAGUGGAACAAGCUCAUGCUAAAGCCAGGUUGGUAAGACUAAAUCAAGAAUUAAUCACCAAAAGUAGAGAGAUACAAGACCUAACAAAAACUGUGGAGAGACUUCAAAAAGAGAGGAGGACGAUGUUGUCAAAUCAUAACUCAAGUGACAAAACUGACGAUAAGGAGAAGUCUACAGAAAUUUUGAAAAAGGCUAUUUUAGCAACAAGUAAAAGGAAUGCCAGCACCAGUGAACCCUUCCCAGACACUCUUGAUGAUAAAAUAUACCAGCCACAUAACUUUGCCGAUUCCCAUAUUUCAGAAGUUCUGCAAGAAAAUGCCAGGUUAAAAGAUGAGCUAGAAAGACUGUCUCUAGAAAUGAGCCAGCAGAGAGUGAAGUCUCAAGCAGCACUGGCUCAUUCUGAAAGUAACAUACGAAGGACAAAGGAAGAUACAGCAGAAUAUAUUGCAGCUCUAAGAGCAUCCCAUCAGCGAGAAGUAGAGAAAAUUCUUUGUCAGCAUGCAGUGGAACAUUCUGCUUCUAAAGUAGCUGAACUAAAUAGCAAAAUUUCAAGACAAGAAAUCUUAAUAAAACAUCUACAAGAACAAGUUAAUGAGCUGCACAGAGAUCAGGAGGCCCUUGCAGUUUCGCAAACGCGAGAGGAAAUCUUGCAAAAAGAGAUGGCAAAACUGUUGGAAGAACUGAGAGAGGCUAAAGAGAGGCAAAGUCCUGAGAUGAAACACUUCUUGUGUCUAGAAAGGAAAAUCAAGUAUAUGGAGAUCAGACACGCACAAAGAGAACAAGAACUUCAGCAGAUAGUGCAACAAACACGACAUGUUGCUGAAGUGCAGCAAACCCAGGAAGUUGAGAAGUGGAAAAAACUUGCCCAAUUAAAGAAUCAAGAGCUGGAGAAGUUUCAAGUGGAAUUAGAUUCAAUAUUAGAUGUUUUACGGGAAUUGCAGAAACAAGGGGUUGUUAUUCCAGUACCUGUUUCAAGUGGAUUAAAUUUACCAGAAAGAUAUUGGAAGACGUGA